AUGCGAGUUGAAGACAUAGUCCACAUCAAUGAUUCUAUGCCUGAAGAAGAGCUUAUGGCAAUCAAGAUCUUGAAAGAGAAUUUUGAUGAGAAAGUCAGGCUGGAGGAAGUUAAGGCUCUGCGUGAUGAGAAUUUGCCAUGGUAUGCUGAUAUAGUGAACUUCAUGGUAUCUAGAGAAUUCCCUAGUAAUUUCGAUGCUUACAAGAGGAAGAAGUUCUUCAAGGAUGCUAGGCACUACUAUUGGGAUGAACCUUACUUGUACAAGAGAGGACCAAAUAGCAUUUACAGGAGAUGCAUAGCUGAAGAGGAUGUACAGGGAGUUCUUGAGCAAUGCCAUGGGUCUGCUUAUGGAGGGCACUUUGCCACAUUCAAAACCGCUACUAAGGUUCUGCAAUCUGGUUUAUGGUGGCCUACUCUGUUCAAGGAUGCAGCAAGUUACAUCGCCAAGUGUGAUGCAUGCCAAAGGAAAGGAGGGAUCACCAAGAGGGAUGAAAUGCCACUGAACCCAAUUCUAGAAGUUGAGAUCUUUGAUGUAUGGGGAAUAGACUUCAUGGGGCCUUUCAAACCCUCCUCAAACGGGCACAACUACAUUUUGGUUGCCGUAGACUAUGUGUCCAAAUGGAUUGAAGCCAUCCCCUGCCCAGCCUGUGAUGCUAAGGUUGUUAUCAAACUGUUCAGAACCAUCAUCUUUCCAAGAUAUGGCAUCCCAAGGGUUGUUAUUUCGGAUGGAGGUUCCCACUUCAUCAACAAGGUGUUUGAGAAGUUGAUGAAGAGUUAUAGAGUCAAGCAUAAGGUUGCUACGCCCUAUCACCCUCAAACUAGUGGGCAAGUUGAGGUCUCCAACAGACAUAUUAAAGCUAUAUUGGAGAAGACUGUGAGCUUCACUAGAAAGGAUUGGUCAACAAGACUUGAUGAAGCACUUUGGGCUUAUAGAACAGCUUACAAAACCCCCAUUGGAAGGUCUCCUUUCAAUUUGCUAUUUGGGAAGGAUUGCCACUUGCCUGUGGAGGUCGAAUACAAGGCUUUAUGGGCAGUAAAAAUGCUGAACUUUGACAUAAAGGCAGCACAAGAAAGGAGGGCAGCCCACGACAAACUGAUUCGCCUAAAAGACUUCAAGGUUGGGGACAGUGUGCUCUUGUUUAACUCCAAAUUGGUGUUGUUUCCUGGGAAAUUGAGGUCAAAGUGGUCAGGGCCGUUUAAGAUACAUGAGGUUCUACCCUACGGGUCACUCACUCUGCUCAACCAAGAGGGGAAAGAAUUCACAGUAAAUGGGCAUAGAUGCAAGCCCUACCUAGGAAUGACCCCCACAGAGGAGAUCAUCACUCCUCUUCAAGAUCCAACCCCGUUAAGUCUUGCAGGAACUUGGUUAGGGAAGGAAAGGCAACCAACUCGGGGCACAACUCGAUCGAGCCAAGAGCAAGCUCGAUCGAGCGACGUGAACCCGGCCGAGUGGAGCGUCCCUGACGGCCGCCUGCCCUCUCCUGACCACGAUCUUGCCUCUCAUAUCUUUGGGGGGCACUGA